GAGGGAUUUUGAGCCUUCAAAACCCUAGAUUUCGCCGCUCUCCAAUUUACUUACUUCCGAUCGUCCAUGGCGCAUCUGGGUGGUGGUGCCGAGGCUCACGCCCGCUUCAAGCAAUACGAGUAUCGAGCCAAUUCCAGUUUGGUUCUGACUACAGACUCUCGUCCUCGCGACACACAUGAACCCACCGGCGAGCCCGAGUCCCUCUGGGGAAAAAUUGAUCCUAAAAGCUUUGGUGAUAGGGCUUAUAGAGGGAGGCCCCCGGAAUUGGAUGAGAAACUUAAGAUAUCCAAGAGGAAGAAGAAGGAGCUCGACCCACUCGCGGAGCUUCCACCUAGUAGGCAAAGCAGCAAGCGUCGUCGUCUCCAGGAAGAAAGUGUUCUUACUUCUACCGAGGAAGGAGUCUACAUGCCUAAGACUAAGGAGACCAGGGCGGCUUACGAGGCGAUGCUCAGUGUCAUUCAACAACAAUUAGGUGGGCAACCUUUGAGCAUAGUAAGUGGCGCAGCGGAUGAGAUUUUGGCGGUUCUAAAAAACGACUCAUUCAAGAACCCAGACAAGAAAAAAGAAAUCGAGAAAUUACUGAACCCCAUUCCAAACAAUGUAUUCGAUCAGUUGGUGUCUAUUGGGAGGCUUAUUACCGAUUAUCAAGAUGGGAGCGAUGCUGCCGGGCCUGCGUCAGCUAAUGGGGAUGAUGCUCUUGAUGACGAUGUAGGUGUUGCGGUUGAAUUUGAGGAGAACGAGGAGGAGGAGGAAGAGAGUGAUCUAGACAUGGUCCAGGAGGAUGAAGAAGACGAAGAUGAUGUGGUAGAGCCUAAUGGUUCUGGGGCUAUGCAGAUGGGCGGGGGAAUUGAUGACGAUGAAAUGCAGGAAAAGGACGGAGGUAUGAACCUUAAUGUUCAGGAUAUUGAUGCUUACUGGCUCCAGAGGAAAAUCUCUCAGGCUUACGAACAACAAAUUGAUCCACAGCAAUGCCAGAAGCUUGCCGAAGAGGUACUCAAGAUACUGGCUGAAGGCGAUGACCGAGAAGUCGAGACCAAGUUGUUGGUGCAUCUCCAGUUUGAAAAGUUCAGCCUUGUAAAAUUUCUUCUACGAAACCGACUGAAGGUUGUAUGGUGCACCCGUUUGGCUAGAUCUGAAGACCAAGAAGAAAGAAAGAAAAUUGAGGAGGAAAUGAUGCAUCUGGGUCCAGAUUUAGCUGCAAUCCUCGAGCAGCUGCAUGCUACUAGAGCAACAGCGAAAGAGAGGCAAAAAAAUUUAGAGAAGAGUAUCAGAGAAGAGGCUCGUCGAUUGAAGGAUGAGAGCGGAGGAGACGCGGAAAGGGGAAGGAGGGAGCCUGGUGAGAGAGAUAUGGACAGCGGGUGGUUGACUGGACAGAGCCAUGUGCUUGAUCUUGACAGUAUUGCAUUUCAACAAGGUAGUCUUUUGAUGGCAAACAAUAAAUGCGUACUUCCUGAUGGGUCAUACAGACAUCUCAGUAAGGGUUACGAAGAGAUUCACGUUCCUGCCCUGAAACCAAAGCCGUUUGAUAGCGAAGAGAAAUUUGUUAAAAUUGCUUCCAUGCCAGAUUGGGCACAGCCAGCUUUCAAGGGAAUGACUCAGUUAAAUAGGGUACAGAGUAAAGUCUACGAGACUGCCCUCUUUAAAGCGGACAAUGUUCUGUUGUGUGCCCCUACUGGCGCCGGGAAAACUAACGUUGCUGUCCUCACUAUACUACAGCAGAUUGCUCUGCACACAAAUCCAGAUGGUUCGUACAACCACAAUGAAUACAAGAUUGUAUAUGUUGCACCUAUGAAAGCUCUUGUUGCUGAAGUUGUUGGCAAUCUGUCUAAUCGCUUGCAGGACUAUGGUGUCAAGGUUCGGGAACUUAGUGGAGAUCAGACAUUGACUCGUCAACAAAUUGAGGAGACUCAAAUCAUUGUUACAACUCCUGAGAAGUGGGAUAUCAUUACUAGGAAGUCUGGUGAUCGCACGUAUACACAGCUUGUAAAGCUUCUGAUUAUUGAUGAGAUUCAUCUUCUUCAUGAUAACAGAGGCCCUGUGCUUGAAAGCAUUGUCGCCAGAACUGUGAGGCAAAUUGAGACCACUAAGGAGCAUAUCCGUUUGGUUGGAUUAUCAGCCACCCUCCCUAAUUAUGAAGAUGUAGCAUUAUUCUUGCGAGUUGAUAUGAAAAAAGGUUUGUUUCAUUUUGACAAUAGCUACAGACCCGUCCCUCUCUCUCAACAGUAUAUUGGAAUAACGGUGAAGAAGCCAUUGCAGAGGUUCCAGUUGAUGAACGAUCUCUGUUAUGAGAAGGUAAUGGCAGUUGCUGGAAAGCAUCAGGUUCUUAUCUUUGUCCAUUCAAGGAAAGAAACUUCCAAAACAGCUCGUGCUAUUCGAGAUGCUGCUCUUGCCAAUGACACUCUUGGCAAAUUCUUGAAGGAGGACAGUGCUAGCCGUGAGAUUCUUCACACUCAUACCGAUUUAGUCAAAAGUAAUGAUCUCAAAGAUCUUCUACCUUACGGUUUCGCAAUACAUCAUGCUGGGAUGACAAGGGUUGAUCGCCAACUUGUUGAGGAUCUUUUUGCUGAUGGUCAUAUUCAAGUUUUGGUUUCCACGGCUACUCUUGCUUGGGGUGUGAACCUGCCAGCUCAUAGUGUUAUUAUCAAGGGAACCCAGAUUUACAAUCCAGAGAAAGGAGCAUGGACUGAGUUAAGUCCUUUAGAUGUUAUGCAGAUGCUGGGUCGUGCAGGAAGACCUCAAUAUGAUUCUUAUGGGGAGGGAAUAAUCAUCACAGGACACAGUGAAUUGCAAUAUUAUCUUUCACUAAUGAACCAACAGCUACCGAUUGAAAGUCAGUUUGUCUCCAAAAUGGCGGAUCAAUUAAAUGCAGAAAUUGUCCUUGGGACUGUUCAAAAUGCAAGAGAAGCAUGUAAUUGGCUAGGAUAUACGUACUUGUAUGUUCGUAUGCUAAGGAAUCCCACCCUGUACGGAAUAGCGCCUGAUGCUCUUUCAAGAGAUAUAACAUUGGAAGAGAGGAGAGCUGAUUUGAUUCAUUCAGCUGCUACAAUAUUAGACAAAAAUAAUCUGGUGAAGUAUGACCGCAAAAGUGGGUAUUUCCAAGUUACCGACUUGGGUCGCAUAGCUAGCUACUACUAUAUAACACAUGGAACAAUAUCCACUUACAAUGAGCAUUUGAAGCCAAUGAUGGGGGAUAUUGAGCUAUGUCGCCUGUUCUCAUUGAGUGAAGAAUUUAAAUAUGUAACUGUGCGCCAAGAUGAGAAAAUGGAAUUAGCAAAGCUAUUGGAACGUGUUCCAAUUCCUAUCAAGGAAAGCUUGGAGGAACCCAGUGCCAAGAUCAAUGUUUUACUGCAAGCAUAUAUAUCUCAGCUAAAGCUGGAAGGGCUGUCGUUGACAUCUGACAUGGUGUUCAUAACUCAGAGUGCUGGACGGCUUAUGCGAGCUCUAUUUGAGAUUGUCUUGAAACGAGGAUGGGCACAACUUGCUGAGAAGGCCUUGAACUUGUGCAAGAUGGUGAGUAAAAGGAUGUGGAAUGUCCAGACACCUCUUCGGCAAUUUCAUGGUAUCUCGAAUGAUAUUCUCAUGAAGCUGGAGAAGAAGGAUUUGGCUUGGGACCGGUACUAUGAUCUCUCAUCGCAGGAGCUAGGUGAGCUUAUACGUGCGCCCAAAAUGGGAAGAACUCUUCACAAGUUCAUCCACCAAUUCCCAAAAUUAAAUCUUGCUGCACAUGUUCAGCCAAUUACACGCACUGUUCUGAGAGUUGAGCUCACAAUAACACCAGACUUCCAGUGGGAGGACAAGGUUCAUGGAUAUGUUGAGUCAUUUUGGGUACUUGUGGAGGAUAAUGAUGGUGAAAAUAUACUUCAUCAUGAGUAUUUCCUGUUGAAGAAGCAGUACAUUGAUGAGGACCACACUUUGAAUUUUACGGUCCAGAUAUACGAACCACUACCCCCGCAGUACUUCAUACGUGUUGUGUCAGACAGAUGGCUAGGGUCACAAACUAUUUUGCCUGUCUCUUUCAGGCACCUCAUUCUGCCAGAAAAGUUCCCCCCACCAACGGAGUUGUUAGACUUGCAACCUCUUCCUGUGACUGCGUUAAGAAAUCCAUCUUAUGAAGCUCUUCAUAAAGAUUUUAAGCAUUUCAAUCCUGUUCAGACUCAAGUCUUUACCGUGUUGUAUAACACAGAUGACAAUGUUCUAGUUGCAGCGCCAACAGGAAGUGGAAAAACUAUUUGUGCCGAGUUUGCUAUAUUGAGGAAUCAUCAGAAAGGGCAGGAUAACAUGUUACGUGCUGUGUAUAUUGCACCUAUAGAAGCUCUUGCCAAAGAACGUUACAGAGACUGGGAAAAGAAGUUUGGAAAGGGACUUGGAAUUCGUGUUGUUGAGUUAACAGGGGAAACGGCGACAGAUUUGAAACUUCUUGAGAAAGGUCAAAUAAUCAUUAGUACCCCAGAGAAAUGGGAUGCUCUAUCUCGUCGUUGGAAGCAGCGAAAACAUGUCCAACAGGUCAGCCUUUUUAUUAUUGAUGAACUUCACUUGAUUGGAGGUCAAGGUGGUCCUGUAUUGGAGGUGAUUGUGUCUAGGAUGAGAUACAUUGCAAGUCAGAUUGAGAACAAGAUUCGAAUUGUGGCCCUUUCUACUUCACUUGCAAAUGCCAAAGAUAUUGGGGAUUGGAUAGGGGCUACUUCUCAUGGUCUCUUCAAUUUCCCGCCUGGAGUUCGUCCUGUGCCUUUGGAGAUUCAUAUUCAGGGGGUGGAUAUAGCUAAUUUUGAAGCAAGAAUGCAGGCAAUGACAAAGCCAACAUACACCGCUAUUGUUCAGCAUGCAAAAAAUGGAAAGCCUGCUCUUGUUUUUGUUCCUACAAGGAAGCAUGUCAGACUGACAGCAGUGGAUAUAAUGACGUACUCUAGUGCAGACAAUGGAGAGAAACUGCCAUUCUUGUUGAGAUCUCUUGAAGACAUUGAGCCCUUUGUUGACAAGAUUCACGAUGAGAUGCUGAAAGCCAUUUUACGUCAUGGGGUUGGCUAUUUGCACGAGGGAUUGUCUAGCUUGGAUCAAGAAGUGGUGACGCAACUGUUUGAAGCAGGGUGGAUUCAGGUUUGUGUUGUAAGCAGCUCGAUGUGUUGGGGUGCUCCAUUGUUAGCCCAUUUGGUGGUGGUAAUGGGAACACAAUAUUAUGAUGGAAGGGAAAAUGCGCACACCGACUACCCUGUUACUGAUUUGAUGCAGAUGAUGGGACAUGCCAGUCGACCACUGCUUGAUAAUUCUGGGAAAUGUGUCAUUCUUUGCCAUGCACCCCGUAAAGAAUACUACAAAAAAUUCUUAUACGAAGCUUUCCCGGUUGAAAGCCACCUACACCAUUACCUUCAUGAUAAUAUUAAUGCAGAAAUUGUUGCUGGAAUUAUUGAGAAUAAGCAGGAUGCUGUUGAUUAUAUUACGUGGACUUUUAUGUACAGGAGGCUUACUCAGAAUCCCAAUUAUUAUAAUCUUCAAGGUGUCAGUCAUAGGCAUCUUUCUGACCACCUUUCAGAGCUUAUUGAGAACACGUUGAGCGAUUUAGAAGCAAGCAAGUGCAUUGGCAUUGAGGAUGAUAUGGACCUAUCUCCAUCUAAUCUUGGUAUGAUAGCGUCGUAUUAUUACAUAAGUUAUACUACCAUUGAGCGUUUCAGUUCGUCUUUAACUGGCAAAACCAAGAUGAAGGGUCUUUUGGAGAUUCUAGCUUCAGCUUCUGAGUAUGCAUUGCUUCCAAUACGACCGGGUGAAGAAGAGUUGAUUCGCAGGUUGAUUAAUCAUCAGCGAUUUUCCUUUGAAAAUCCGAAAUGCACAGACCCACAUGUCAAAGCAAAUGCAUUGCUGCAGGCUCACUUCUCAAGGCAAUCUGUUGGUGGUAACUUAGCAAUAGAUCAACGGGAGGUAGUCAUUUCUGCCAGUAGGUUGCUGCAGGCAAUGGUGGAUGUCAUUUCGAGCAAUGGUUGGCUGAGCCUUGCCCUUCUUGCAAUGGAAGUCAGCCAGAUGGUGACCCAAGGCCUGUGGGAGCGGGAUUCCAUGCUUCUUCAGCUACCACAUUUCACAAAGGAACUGGCCAAGAGAUGCCAAGAGAACCCUGGAAAGAACAUAGAGACAGUAUUUGACCUGGCGGAAAUGGAGGAUGAGGAAAGGCGUGAACUACUUCAGAUGACAGAUGUUCAGUUGUCGGAUAUUGCACGUUUUUGCAAUCGGUUCCCAAAUAUUGAUUUGGCGUACGAGGUACUGGAUGGUGAGAAUGUUGCAGCAGGGGAGAACAUAACACUGCAAGUUGCACUUGAGCGGGAUCUUGAUGGAAGGACUGAGGUUGGGCCUGUGGAUGCUCCGAGGUAUCCCAAAGCCAAAGAAGAAGGCUGGUGGCUUGUUGUUGGCGAUACAAAGAGCAACCAGCUACUGGCGAUUAAAAGGGUUUCCCUUCAAAGGAAGUCGAAGGUCAAGCUUGAUUUCACUGCGCCUCCAGACACUGGAAAGAAAUCGUAUACCCUUUAUUUCAUGUGUGAUUCAUACUUGGGCUGCGACCAGGAGUAUAGUUUCUCAGUCGAUGUCAAAGAUGCUGACGAAGAUAGCGGGAGAGAGUAGAGUAGCUGUUAGUCUGGCAGUCGAUGUCAAAGGUGCUGAUGAAGAUAGCGGGAGAGGAGUAGAGUAGCUGUUAGUUGGGUGUUUCCAUUUUGAUUUGAAAUUUGUUAACUGAUAAAGAGCAAGUAUUUUAUAACUCAAGGGAUUGUCUUCGUUUUUAUGUGAUUAAGAUGCUAUAAUUAUGUAUAAAACUUGUAACAUGCUUGAAUAUGGUUCAUUCAA